CAGGGCACUCAAAGAUCUCUCCUUUCAAGAAGCCUUCCUCCAUACAAGCAAGUCUCACUGGGCAUCCAGCUAUACCUCCUUGGAACAAAUAAAGGAUCCUUUGUUAAACAGAGGAACAUUUUUUUUUUUUGACAUAUCAGAGGAAAAGCUCAAAAAAGAGAAUUUGAGAAGCCAGCACAAGAGGCAGUAGUGGGAGCUGAACUGUCAAUAGCUGAGUGCAUCAGAGGAUCAGAAUUGUAAAGGUGUGAGCAGUGACCUGGACUUUUAAAGGAGUGCUUUCGGCACACACGCAGAGGCACCAUGGCAGGGGCCUCGGUGAAGGUGGCGGUGAGAGUCCGUCCCUUUAACUCUCGUGAGACAAGUAAAGAGUCCAAGUGCAUCAUCCAGAUGUCAGGAAACACAACCACCAUCAUCAACCCCAAAGCACCCAAAGAAACCAAAAGCUUCAAUUUUGAUUACUCCUAUUGGUCACACACCUCACCAGAAGAUAUCAACUAUGCCUCCCAGCAGCAGGUGUACAGAGACAUUGGAGAGGAAAUGUUACUUCACGCCUUUGAGGGCUACAACGUCUGUAUUUUUGCAUACGGCCAGACUGGGGCCGGUAAAUCUUAUACCAUGAUGGGCAAACAGGAGAAGGACCAGGAGGGGAUCAUUCCACUGCUGUGUGAAGACCUUUUCACCAAGAUUAAUGACAAUAAUACUGAUAACAACAUGUCCUAUUCUGUGGAGGUCAGUUAUAUGGAGAUUUACUGUGAAAGAGUACGAGAUCUUCUGAACCCAAAAAACAAAGGAAAUCUGCGUGUGCGAGAGCACCCAUUACUGGGCCCGUAUGUAGAGGAUCUGUCCAAACUCGCCGUCACAUCAUAUAAUGACAUUCAAGACCUGAUGGACUCAGGGAAUAAGGCUAGGACAGUAGCAGCCACUAACAUGAAUGAGACCAGCAGCCGUUCACACGCUGUCUUCAACAUCAUCUUCACCCAGAAGCGUCAUGACUCAGAGACAGACAACACUUCAGAAAAGGUCAGCAAAAUCAGUCUGGUGGAUUUAGCCGGGAGUGAGAGAGCUGAUUCCACUGGAGCCAAAGGCACACGCCUCAAGGAAGGGGCAAACAUCAAUAAAUCACUCACUACCCUGGGAAAAGUCAUUUCAGCCCUGGCAGAGGUGGAUUCUGGCUCAAACAAGAAUAAAAAGAAGAAGAAAGUAGAAAAUUUUAUUCCUUACAGGGAUUCUGUGCUGACCUGGCUACUGAGAGAGAACCUCGGUGGCAACUCUCGCACCGCAAUGGUGGCAGCUCUCAGUCCUGCCGACAUCAACUAUGAUGAAACCCUCAGCACUCUCAGGUAUGCAGACAGGGCUAAGCAGAUCCGUUGUAAUGCUGUGAUCAAUGAAGAUCCUAAUAACCGUCUGGUGCGUGAGCUGAAAGAUGAGGUGUCCCGUCUGAAGGAUCUCCUCUAUGCCCAAGGCCUGGGUGACAUCAUCGAGACAUUUCGGGGGUCAGCUGAGGAUUUUGCUGGUUUGAAAUACAUAUCCGAUUACAAGAACAAUAACAAUAGUGGCCAAGCUGUCAAUCAAAGAGGUGAUCUCUCCACAGUGACCAAUGCUAUGACGGGGAUGAGCCCCUCCCCAUCUCUCUCCGCCCUGUCCAGCCGGGCUGGUUCCAUCAGCAGCCUCCAUGAUCGCAUCAUGUUCAGCCCAGGGAGCGAGGAAGCCAUCGAGAGACUCAAGGAAACUGAGAAAAUUAUUGCUGAGCUCAAUGAAACCUGGGAAGAGAAGCUUCGCCGUACAGAGGCCAUCAGAAUGGACAGAGAAGCACUGCUGGCUGAGAUGGGAGUGGCCAUGCGUGAGGAUGGAGGAACUGUUGGAGUCUUUUCACCAAAGAAGACGCCCCACCUGGUGAAUCUAAAUGAAGAUCCUUUAAUGUCUGAGUGUCUUCUGUAUUACAUCAAAGAUGGAAUUACCAGGGUGGGGAGAGAAGAUGCCAGCAGCAGACAGGACAUUGUUUUGAGUGGUCACUUCAUCAAAGAGGAACACUGCACUUUCACCAGCACCACUGGACCUAUGGGAGAAGCUGUCAUUCUUGAGCCGUGCGAGGGAGCAGAAACUUAUGUCAAUGGGAAGAGAGUAACAGAACCUACAAUUCUCAGAUCAGGGAACCGAAUCAUUCUGGGCAAGAGCCAUGUGUUCCGUUUCAACCAUCCAGAGCAGGCACGUCAGGAACGUGAACGCACCCCCUGUGCUGAGACGCCAAUGGAGCCUGUAGACUGGGCCUUUGCUCAGAGAGAACUCCUGGAGAAACAAGGCAUUGAUAUGAAACAGGAAAUGGUUCAGAGACUGCAGGAACUUGAGGAUCAGUAUCGCAAAGAGAGAGAGGAGACCAACAAUCUAUUGGAGCAACAGAGAUUAGACUAUGAGAGCAGGUUAGAAGCCCUGCAGAAACAGGUAGAUCGUUAUUACCCUGAUCUGGCAGAGGAAGAUGAAGAACCUGAGGAGGAAGUGCAAUGGACCGAGAGAGAGACAGAACUGGCGCUGUGGGCUUUCCGUAAAUGGAGAUGUUAUCAGUUCACUUCUCUCAGAGAUCUGCUUUGGGGCAAUGCCAUCUUCCUCAAGGAGGCCAAUGCCAUUAGUGUGGAGCUAAAGAAGAAGGUUCAGUUCCAGUUCGUGUUAUUGACGGACACGCUUUACUCUCCACUUCCGCCUGACCUGUUGCCACCUGAGACAGCUAAAGACCGUGAGAAAAGCCCAUUCCCUCGCACCAUUGUGGCUGUAGAAGUCCAAGAUCAGAAAAAUGGAGCCACACAUUACUGGACCCUGGAGAAGCUCAGGCAGAGGCUGGAUCUGAUGAGGGAGAUGUAUGAUCGUGCUGCGGAGGUGCCUGGCAGUGCUCUUGAGGACUGUGACAGUGUGCUGACUGGAGGCGAUCCAUUCUACGACCGGUUCCCCUGGUUCCGUCUGGUUGGAAGAAACUCCCUUUUCUCCACAUGCCUUAGUGAGCAAGCAAGCGACCCUAACUCCUCCCCCACCCCCUCGGAGCCCACAUCAACCUCUGAAAUCACUGAACUGGUCCAGUCAUGGCCUGACAAGAGGGCGGGGACAGAGCUGGAUGGCUUGAAUGAUAAUUUCUUAUCGGAUGACUCAUGCUCGGAUAUUGACGAGGAGGAGGAGGGGGAGGAUGAGGAUGAGGAUGAUGAUGAGGGAGAGCACUGCAGAAGCUUCGGCAAAGCUGAAGACCCGUUUUAUGAUCGCUCGCCAUUGUUCAGUGUAGUGGGAAGGUCAUUUGUGUAUUUGAGUAAUCUGCUCUAUCCUGUGCCCUUGGUACAUCGGGUUGCCAUUGUCAAUGAGAAGGGAGAGGUCAAAGGUUUCCUCAGAGUAGCUGUACAGGCAAUAUCAGCUGAUGAAGAGGCACCAGACUAUGGCUCUGGUGUCCGUCAGUCAGGCACUGCAAAGAUUUCUUUUGAAGACCAGCAGUUUGAGAAGUUCCAGUCAGAGUCCUGUCCUUCUGGUCUUUCACGCGCUGCUGUAUCUCACGAAGAACUGCGAAUUGUGGAAGGUGAGGGCCAAAAUGCAGAGAUGGCCCUGUCAGCAGAUGAGGUCAACAAUAAUACCUGUCCAGCUAACCCAGAGGAGCUGGAUGGUGCUCUGGAUCACUUGAGGAUUGGAGAAGUCUUUACAUUCAGAGUUACUGUGCUGCAGGCGUCAAGCAUAUCCUCAGAAUACGCAGACAUAUUCUGCCAGUUCAAUUUUAUUCACAGGCAUGAUGAAGCGUUUUCCACAGAGCCGUUGAAGAACACUGGACGUGGUCCACCACUUGGCUUCUAUCAUGUGCAGAAUAUUGCCGUGGAAGUGACUAAGUCCUUUACAGAGUACAUAAAGACUCAGCCAAUCGUGUUUGAAGUGUUUGGACAUUACCAGAAGCAGGCUUUCCCUCCGCUCUGCAAGGAUCUCAUUAGCCCAUUGCGCCCAUGCAGACGACAGUUCCCGAGAGUCAUGCCUCUUUCCAAACCAGUACCUGCCACCAAACUGACAGCUCUCACUCGACCCACGGCAGGACCGUGCCACUGUAAAUACGACCUGAUGGUCUUCUUUGAAAUCUGUGAGCUAGAGGCCAAUGGAGACUAUAUCCCAGCUGUAGUGGACCACCGGGUAGGCAUGCCCUGCCAUGGCACUUUCAUGUUACAUCAGGGCAUCCAAAGGAGAGUCACCGUCACCAUAGUACAUGAGUCAGGAAGAGAUAUUAAGUGGAAGGAGGUGCGAGAGCUGGUUGUAGGGCGCAUCCGGAACACGGCCGAAGCAGAUGAGACAAUCAUCGACCCCAAUAUUCUCUCUCUUAACAUACUGUCUGCAGGAUACAUCCGACCUGCACAUGAGGACAGACAGUUUCUUGAUUCGGACAUUCCUAGGACAUUCUACCAUUUUGAGGCUGCUUGGGAUUCAUCCAUGCACAACUCUUUGCUGCUUAACCGUGUCACUCCUAACGGAGAGAAAAUCUACAUGACUUUGUCUGCUUACCUGGAGAUGGAGAACUGCACACAGCCCACAGUGAUAACCAAAGACUUAUGCAUGGUGUUCGUCUCAAGAGACGCCAAGCUCCCAGCAGCUCGCUCCAUCAGGAACCUCUUCAGCAGUGGCACCUUGAGGCCAUCUGAAGGAAACCGUGUAACUGGUGUGUAUGAGCUCAGUCUGUGCCACUUGGCUGAUGCAGGGAGCCCAGGAAUGCAAAGACGGCGCAGAAGGGUGCUGGAUACAUCGGUGGCGUAUGUGCGAGGGGAGGAGAACCUGGCUGGCUGGAGGCCCCGCAGUGACAGCCUCAUCCUGGACCAUCAGUGGGAGCUGGAGAAAAUGAGCCUCCUGCAGGAGGUGGAGAAAACCAGACACUACCUCCUCCUUAGGGAGAAGCUCGAGUCCACCCUGCUGCUGGGCCAGGACUUGCUGCUGUCCUGCGGGAGUGAGGAUCUAACCGAGUCCUCUUCCCCAUCCACCCACCUGGGCCUGGGCCACAACCCUUGCCCCGGCCCUGAUACACCCAACGAGAGGCAGAUGGAGCUGGCUGCAAAGUGUUUGCGUUUGCUUAACCACACCUUUAACAGGGACUACAGCCAUGUGUGUGUUAGCGCCAGCGAGAGCAAGUUAAGCGAGAUGUCAGUAACUCUUUUAAAAGACUCGGCCUCCGUGUGUGCUGAAAGCACCCUCACCCCGUCCUCCACAUGCCCCUCGCUCGUGGAAGGACGCUACGAGCACAACACUGAACUCAGACCCCCAACACCUCGAUCUCGUGCUGUCAGCCCCAUCCCUGACACUGAAGCAGAGGCCAAGAAGUCUCCUCACGAGUCCAAAUCAAGAUCCCACACUUUUGUGCCAGACAUUCAGGAAAUCCGUGUCAGCCCAAUUGUGUCAAAGAAAGGUUAUUUACAGUUCCUGGAGCCCCACAGUAAUGACUGGGUUAAGAGAUAUGUGGUGGUACGCCGGCCUUAUGUCUACAUCUACAACACAGAGAGAGACACAGUAGAAAGGGCCAUACUUAACCUCUCCUCGGCACAAGUGGAGUACAGCGAAGACCAGCAGGCCAUGCUGAAGACCCCCUACACAUUUGCGGUAUGCACAGAGCAUCGUGGGAUACUCCUUCAAGCCAGUAACGACAAGGAGAUGCAUGACUGGCUGUAUGCCUUUAACCCUCUGCUUGCUGGAUCUAUCAGGUCUAAACUCUCCAGGAGAAGAGCCGGGCAGAUGAGAUUUUGAGCGUGCUACAUGUAUACCUACUGUACAACACAAAGGACUAACCUUGUAAAUAGAUCUACUGACAGAUCCCCCAGUUUCUGUGCUUUAUCAACUCUCUGACCCUCUGUUUCCUACAUGUGUGUACCUGCACCUGCCCACACUAGCAUCGACUGUGCACCUGUAUCUUAAAGGACCUUUGUUGUGCAUCUACAGUGGCCUAAAUAUUCAACUUAUAGCACCAAGAGAACAUACUGACUACUUUAUUGGGGUAGAGAUAGUAUGCUUAUGUAGUUUUCAGCAACGUUUAAGAAGGCUGGUGAUGGGAAUUUGUUAUUCUGAAGCUGUCAGCUCAUGCAAACACAUCUGAAUUUGUUACUGUGAAGAGUGGUGUCCAUAUCAGGCUUGUGGGAAAACGGAUCACAUGGCCUUACUCUGUUUCUCUUGACUUGUAAGUCGUUGGGUUUAAAACGAUAAAACUGGUCAGUAUUUAAGUCAGCAGACCAUAUGUUUAUUCAUUUCUUGGCUAUGGAUGAUAGAAUUGAUCAAUGAUAAGCAGUUCUGAGCAAGGAGUAGAUGAAUCACAUCAUAUUACGCUCUUACUCUCUUUAAGUGCAGUUCUUGGACACUGUACAACCCAUCAUAAAUACUCAUAUACCUUUAUAAUGUUUCUCUUGUAUGGCCUUGAAAUGCAUAACGUUUUCAAAAUAACCAGGAUGCAUGAGGACAAAUUUGGCAAUGGAAAAUGGUUGCAUUCUCAUAUCUCUAUAUGAGAAACACUAUAAAGAUUUGGCCUAUUUUUGUUGGCGUACUGGUCAGUAGAUUUAUCUAAAAUGUAUCAUAAUCCAGUCUAAUAUUUUAUAUAUAAAAAUAUCGGUAUCUCCACAUUAUCUAAUACCUGUCUAAUUAUUUUUUUUAUUUUUCACAUUUCUAUUGAAGUCUUAUCUAGUUCGGUAUUUAUUUAAAGUUUUUAUUUGACCUAGCACAUAUUUAUUGACGAAGACUGUAAUAUUUUUUUAAAAAGUACAGUGUAAUUUCUGCAAAUGGCACUUAUUUUUUGCAUAAGUUGACUAACCUCCCUUUUACAGACUGCAAUGCUCUCAUUUCCCACGACACAACGAAAAGCAUUUGGGGAACAGGUUCAAAGUGAAUAGCUGGGAUAGCUGCUAUUACAUAUAGACUACUUGAAUUUUACUUUUUUGAAAUGUUCACUAUUUUAGUUAAGAAAUUAGUUAUAUUUUUACAUUUUUCUUUUUAUUAAUCAGGUAGAGAAAAAUCAUCUCCAUUGCCCAGAAUCCUAAACAAUUGUUUGUGCACUGGUCAGUCUCAAAUGUACAGUACUGAUGGAAUUCUCUACAAAACCACAGAGAGUGAUGAUUUUGUGCCUGUUGCAUAAUCUACACAGUUUUUGUUUUUAAAUUUCCAUCACCUUAAUCCCUGUGCACUUCUUUAACAGGGUGAACGUUUCAGGCCUACUCAUCGAUACCACGCUUUCUCUCUGUGCACAGGCAAAUGCAGCUUUAGUUCGUUUUUAGUUAGUCCGCAUAAUGCACAUGUCCUACAUAUGACUAGUUUUUGAGAUUUCUAAGCAUAUCUAGAUGGUGUAAAUAUUUUUUUUCCCGCAAGUGACUUAACUAUUGUAAUCAUAGAAAAUAUCCAACAGGCUAAGACAUUUAAUACAAUACAUUUUAAAUUCCAUAUUCUGUUUUUAAAGUCAUCUCAGGUAUGAUUGUUGUGCUUAAUGUCAAUGGAUUUAGGCUUUACAAAACCCCUUCAAAAACUGCCUGCGUUGGGACUGCUGAUAGUUGUUUAACUUCAGCCAAACUAUUUUUUUUUUUCAGAAUAUGAAACCAGAUUUUUGAGUUAUAUUAUACCAUCAGCUGUGAUUUAGACACUUUGUACUAGUGCAAAAGCAUUUGUUAGAACGUGGAGUUUUGUGAGUCAGACCUUGACUUGGACAGUCACUGGAGCGGAACCCAUGCAUGCACUUUCAAUGCUUAUUAUAAUUAGUCCAGGCAGCUUAUUAUUUGGUUUGGGAUGACUAGAGGUUACCUAACACAAGCCUUUCCCAUAUUUAGAGCACAGAUCAACUAUUUGCAAACCUGCGGUUCCUACAGGGCAGCAAUAUUCAUGCUUAGUACAGGAAAAAAAUUGAACUAAACUCUUUUGAAAGCCUUGAUCUGUCAAUGAAUAAACCUCAAAGAUCUGCAUUUCUAAUUCCAAAAAUUCAGUUACUAAUAUUUUUAUUUUUAAUAUUGAAGGCUGAAAAGUGGGUUUCAGUGUCUAUGAAAAAGCAGGGUUCUGCUUCUAUGUAAAAGCAGAAGACAUAUCCUAAAAGGAUUCUCAAUUUCCGAAGAUUCUCUUUUUAUGAAAAAUAGUUAAUGCACAAUGUGUCACUUCACUUUCACAACCAUUUCAGAGUAAAACAUAAGCAAUGCCACUACUUUUAGAAACAAGUGCAUAUGUUAAUAGUAAUAGCAGGUGCAUUUUCAAAAUGAGUGACAACUAAAUUACUACAACACAUAGAAUUAAAAUAAUCACUUUCAGUUUGAGUACGUACAACCAAAUGUAAUUUGUCUUGGUUUUUGUCUCUGCACCUCGUAGAAAAGCAGAUAGCUGAAUGGUAUUAUUCAUGUUAUAGCCUGUACCAUACCAUUUCUACAAGCAAUUUACAUAAAACAUUACAUUAUUAUUAAGGCUAAAAACUUUGCAUUGAUUUAUCAUCUGCCAAAAUAAAAGAAUUAAUCAGUUCUCAUAAUUGACACCAAAUAUCUGUGUGCUUCCAUUAUCUUAUUCACAGACUCCAUUCAUAAGCAUAUUUUUUCUGUUGUUUUCUCUCAGUUUUACUUGCCUUGUAUAUAAACAUGGUUGCUGUGAAUGGUGUAAUAUGCAGUUGUAACUGGUUUGUACCAUCUUCCAUGGGCAGUAGUUCAAUGUCUCUUUCUGAGUGUUGGAUUUAUGAGUCAAAUGUUUGUGUACACUCGACACAUUGUUAGAUAUGAAAUAAAUGUGGAACUUAUGCAACACAAA